GGAUUUGAUCUCUCCCCAUGGUACCUACUUUUAUUAUUAUCAUUAUUAUUAUUAUUUGUUUUUGUCCCUUGUUACCCUUUCAAGUGGAAACCCUUGAAAUUUACUUGAUGACACGUCUAGACCCGACCCAGUCCUUCCGGGCUGCAACCCGUAGAUUUGGGUCCGGCAGAGGUCAACAGGUGAGACGCGCGCUCUCUGGUUGACAUUCAUUCACAGAGAUGAAUAAUAGAUUAUUUUUAAUUCCCUUUUGGCUCCAUAGAUGACGCUGGCAGGCGCCAAAGUGGUUAUGAUUGGAUGGUGAGUCGGGACGGGAAUUGUCAGAGCAGAUGAGAAAAAUGGAUCAAAUGUUGUGGGAGGGGCAGCGCUAGGCAGCGCAGAAAUGGC